AGCAUGUCGGGGCUGCACCUGGUGAAGAAAGGCCGCGAGCACAGGAAGCUGGACCUGCAGAGGGACUUCACCGUCGCCUCGCCGGCUGAGUUUGUCACCCGCUUUGGGGGGAGCCACGUUUUUGAGAAGGUCCUCAUCGCCAACAACAGCAUCGCCGCCGUCAAGUGCAUGCGCUCCAUCCGCCGCUGGGCCUACGAGAUGUUCCGAAACGAGCGCGCCAUUCGCUUCGUGGUCAUGGUCACCCCCGAGGAUCUGAAGGCUAAUGCAGAGUACAUUAAAAUGGCCGAUCACUAUGUGCCCGUCCCGGGAGGAGCCAACAACAACAACUACGCCAACGUAGAGCUCAUCGUGGACAUCUCCAAGCGAAUCCCUGUCCAGGCUGUGUGGGCUGGAUGGGGACAUGCCUCGGAAAACCCCAAGCUGCCAGAGCUUCUGCAGAAGAACGGGAUCGCUUUCCUGGGCCCCCCCAGCGACGCCAUGUGGGCGCUGGGGGACAAAGUGGCCUCGACCAUCGUGGCCCAGACGGUGCAGAUCCCCACGCUGCCGUGGAGCGGGAGCGGUCUGGUGGCCACGUGGUCGGAGGAGGAGCCCCAGGAGCAGCGGUCCAUCAGCAUCCCGCUGGAGACAUACGCGCGGGCCUGCGUGAAGGACGUGGAGGAAGGGCUGGAGGUUGCCAAGAGGAUCGGCUACCCGGUGAUGAUCAAGGCGUCAGAAGGCGGCGGGGGCAAAGGCAUCCGCAAAGUGGAGGCUGCGGAGGAGUUCGGAGCCUGUUUUAGGCAGGUGCAGGCGGAGGCGCCCGGCUCGCCCGUGUUCCUGAUGAAGCUGGCGCAGCACGCGCGGCACCUGGAGGUGCAGGUCCUGGCCGAUGAGUAUGGCAACGCCAUCUCCCUCUUCGGCCGCGACUGCUCCAUCCAGCGCCGGCACCAGAAGAUCAUCGAGGAGGCGCCUACCACCAUCGCCACCCCCGCCGUCAUCGAGGCCAUGGAGCAGUGCGCAGUCCGCCUGGCCCAGACCGUGGGCUACGUGAGCGCCGGCACCGUCGAGUACCUCUACAGCCAAGACGGCAGCUUCCAUUUCCUGGAGCUGAAUCCCCGCUUGCAAGUCGAACACCCCUGCACGGAGAUGAUCGCUGACGUGAACCUCCCGGCGGCCCAGCUGCAGAUCGCGAUGGGCAUCCCCUUGCACCGGAUAAAGGACAUCCGAGUGCUGUACGGUGAGAGCCCGUGGGGCGAUACGGCCAUCUGCUUCAACAGCCCUGCCACCACCCCCGUGCCCAGGGGCCACGUCAUCGCCACGCGGAUCACCAGCGAGAACCCCGACGAGGGCUUUAAGCCAAGCUCAGGGACGGUGCAGGAGCUGAACUUUCGCAGCAGCAAGAACGUCUGGGGCUAUUUCAGUGUGGCUGCUGCCGGAGGUCUGCACGAGUUUGCUGACUCCCAGUUUGGACAUUGCUUCUCGUGGGGAGAGAAUCGGGAAGAGGCCAUAUCGAACAUGGUGGUAGCUCUGAAAGAGCUGUCUAUCCGCGGGGAUUUCAGGACCACAGUUGAAUAUCUCAUUAAGGUGUUGGAGACAGAGAGCUUCCAGAACAAUGAGAUAGAUACCGGCUGGCUGGACCAUCUGAUUGCAGAGAAAGUGCAGGCUGAGAAGCCAGACACGAUGCUGGGCGUUGUCUGUGGCGCCCUGAACGUCGCCGACGCCGCGUUUAGGACGUGCAUGACCGACUUCCUGCACUCGCUGGAGAGAGGGCAGGUGCUGCCCGCAGCUUCCCUGCUCAACAUCGUGGACGUGGAGCUCGUCUACGAAGGCGUGAAGUACGUUCUGCAGGUGGCCCGCCAGUCGCUCACGACGUACGUCAUUAUAAUGAACAGCACACACAUCGAGAUCGACGUGCACCGGCUGAACGACGGCGGGCUGCUCCUCUCCUACAACGGCAGCAGCUACACCACCUACAUGAAGGAGGAGAUCGACAGGUACCGAAUCACCGUGGGGAACAAAACCUGUGACUUUGAGAAGGAGAAAGACCCAACUGUGCUGCGAUCGCCCUCGGCAGGGAAGCUGCUGCAGUACACGGUGGAAGAUGGGGGCCAUGUGGCGGAAGGGAGUGUUUUUGCAGAGAUAGAGGUGAUGAAAAUUAUUAUGACCCUGUCGGUAGAGGAGUCUGGCCACCUACAUUACGUGAAGCGGCCAGGAGCGUUGCUGGAGGCAGGCUGCGUCAUAGCCCGCCUCCAGCUGGACGAUCCCACCAAAGUGAAACCCGCCCAGCCGUUCACGGGCGGCCUCCCAGCGCAGCAGACCCUGCCCAUCGUGGGGGAGAGGCUGCACCAGGUGCUGCGCAACGUGCUGGACAACCUCAACAACGUCAUGAACGGCUACUGCCUGCCGGAGCCCUACUUCAGUGCCAAGGUAAAGGAGUGGGUGCUCAAGCUGAUGAACACCCUGCGGGAUCCCUCCCUGCCUCUCCUGGAGCUUCAGGAAAUCAUGACGAGCAUUUCUGGAAGGAUCCCGCAUUCCGUGGAGAAGUCCAUAAAGAAGGUGAUGGCGCAGUACGCCAGUAACAUCACCUCCGUGCUCUGCCGGUUCCCCAGCCAGCAGAUUGCGAACGUGCUGGACAGCCAUGCGGCCACGCUCCAGAGGAAGGCCGAGCGGGAGGUCUUCUUCAUGAACACACAGAGCAUCGUGCAGCUGGUGCAGAGGUACCGCAGCGGCAUCCGGGGCUACAUGAAGUCGGUUGUGCUGGACCUGCUGCGGCGGUACCUGCAGGUGGAGAUGCAGUUCCAGCAAGCUCACUACGACAAGUGCGUCAUCAGUCUGCGGGAGCAGUACAAGCCCGACAUGACCCCGGUGCUCGAGUGCAUCUUCUCGCACGCCCAGGUGGCCAAGAAGAACCUGCUGGUGACUAUGUUAAUUGACAAGCUGUGCGGCCGGGACCCGACGCUGACCGACGAGCUGACCGCAAUCCUCAACGAGCUGACGCAGCUCAGCAAGACGGAGCACUCCAAGGUGGCUCUGCGAGCCAGGCAGGUGCUCAUCGCCUCCCACCUGCCCUCCUACGAGCUGAGGCACAACCAGGUGGAGUCCAUAUUCCUGUCUGCCAUCGACAUGUACGGACACGAGUACUGCCCGGAGAACCUCAAGAAACUGAUCCUCUCAGAAACCACCAUCUUCGACGUGCUUCCUGUUUUCUUCUACCACACCAACCAGGUGGUGCGCAUGGCCGCGCUGGAGGUGUACGUGAGACGGGGCUAUAUUGCCUAUGAGCUGAACAGCCUGCAGCACCGCCAGCUCUCGGACGGCACCUGCGUGGUGGAGUUCCAGUUCAUGCUGCCAUCGUCCCACCCAAAUAGGAUGUCUGUCCCCGUCAGCAUCUCCAACCCAGACCUGGCCCGGCACAGCACCGAGCUGUUCAUGGACAGCGGCUUUUCUCCCCCGAGCCAGAGGAUGGGAGCUAUCGUCGCCUUCGACCGCUUUGAGGAUUUCACCAGGAACUUUGAUGAAGUGAUUUCCUGCUUUGCAAACCCCCCAUUAGAGAGCUCCCUGUUCAGCGAGGCACGAGCUACCGUCUAUGACGAAGAGGACGCCAAGAAUGUGCGAGAGGAGCCGAUCCACAUCCUCAACAUCGUGCUCAGGUUGGCCGACCACCUGGAGGACGACAAACUAGUGCCCAUCUUCAGAGCCUUCGCCCAGUCCAAGAAAAACGUCCUUGUUGACUACGGUCUGCGGAGAAUCACGUUCUUAAUUGCCCAGCAGAGGGAAUUCCCAAAGUUUUUCACCUUCAGAGCAAGAGAUGAGUUUGCUGAGGACCGCAUUUAUCGGCACCUGGAGCCAGCCCUGGCCUUCCAGCUGGAGCUGAGCCGCAUGCGGAACUUCGACCUGACGGCUAUUCCCUGUGCCAACCACAAGAUGCACCUCUACCUGGGCGCUGCCAAGGUGCAGGCAGGCGCCGAGACCACCGACUACCGCUUCUUCAUCCGGGCCAUCGUACGACACUCGGAUCUAAUCACCAAGGAGGCCUCCUUUGAGUACCUGCAGAACGAGGGCGAGCGGCUGCUGCUGGAGGCGAUGGACGAGCUGGAGGUGGCCUUCAGCAACACGACGGUCCGCACCGACUGUAACCACAUCUUCCUCAACUUCGUGCCAACGGUCGUCAUGGACCCCUCCAAGAUCGAGGAGUCGGUGCGCUCCAUGGUGAUGCGCUACGGCAGCCGCCUCUGGAAGCUGCGCGUCCUGCAGGCCGAGGUGAAGAUCAACAUCCGCCUGACGCCGACCGCUGCGGCCAUCCCCAUCCGCCUCUUCAUCACCAACGAGUCUGGCUACUACCUGGACAUCAGCCUCUACAAGGAAGUGCGGGACCUCGGCACGGGAAGCAUCAUGUUUCAGUCGUACGGAGACAAGCAAGGGCCGCAGCACGGGAUGCUCAUCAACACGCCCUACGUCACCAAGGACCUGCUCCAGGCCAAGCGCUUCCAGGCCCAGUCCUUGGGCACCACCUACGUGUACGACUUCCCAGAAAUGAUCCGCCAGGCUCUCUUCAAGCUGUGGGGCUCCACGGAGCUGUAUCCCAAGGAUAUCCUGACUUACACUGAGCUGGUGCUGGACUCCCAGGGGCAACUGGUGCAGAUGAACAGGCUCCCUGGAGGCAACGAGGUCGGCAUGGUUGCUUUCAAGAUGAAGCUGAAGACGCCCGAGUACCCGGAGGGCCGGGACAUCGUGCUCAUCUGCAAUGACAUCACGCACCAGAUCGGCUCCUUCGGGCCCGAGGAGGACUCGCUCUUCCUCCGCGCCUCGCAGCUGGCCCGCGCCGAGGGCGUCCCCCGCGUCUACAUCGCUGCCAACAGCGGCGCCCGCAUCGGCUUCGCCGACGAGAUAAAGCACAUGUUCCACGUGGCCUGGGUGGACCCUGCAGACCCCUACAAGGGGUUCAGGUACCUGUACCUGACUCCGCAGGAUUACACAAGGAUCAGUUCCCUGAACUCAGUGCACUGUGAGCACGUCGAGGAAGGGGGAGAGUCCAGGUACGUCCUCAUGGACAUCAUCGGGAAAGAGAACGGGUUUGGGGUGGAAAACCUGCGAGCUGCCGGCACCAUCGCCGGGGAGUCCUCUCGAGCUUACGAAGAAAUCGUGACCAUCAGCAUGGUGACGUGUCGCGCCAUCGGCAUCGGGGCUUACCUGGUGAGGCUGGGCCAGCGCGUCAUCCAGGUGGAGAAUUCCCACAUCAUCCUCACCGGCGUCACGGCCCUCAAUAAGGUUUUGGGCCGUGAGGUUUACACAUCCAAUAACCAGCUGGGAGGCGUGCAGAUCAUGCACAACAACGGCGUUGCCCACGUCACCGUGCCGGAUGACUUUGAGGGGGUCUGCACCAUCCUGCAGUGGCUUUCCUACAUGCCAAAGGAUAACCACAGCCCUGUGCCCAUCAUUGCCAUAAGCGACCCCGUCGAAAGAGAAAUAGAUUUUGUCCCUUCCAAAGUCCCCUAUGACCCCAGAUGGAUGCUGGCCGGGCGACCACAUCCAACUCUCAAGGGCACCUGGCAGAGCGGCUUCUUCGACCAAGGCAGCUUCCUGGAGAUCAUGCAGCCCUGGGCGCAGACGGUCGUGGUCGGCAGAGCGAGGCUCGGGGGCCUCCCCGUGGGCGUCAUCGCCGUCGAGACCCGCACUGUGGAGGUGACGAUUCCCGCGGAUCCCGCCAACCCCGACUCGGAGGCGAAGAUAAUCCAGCAGGCCGGGCAGGUGUGGUUUCCAGACUCGGCUUUUAAAACUGCCCAAGCUAUUCGGGACUUCAACCGGGAGCGCCUCCCUCUGAUGAUCUUUGCCAACUGGCGAGGCUUCUCCGGCGGCAUGAAAGACAUGUACGACCAGAUGCUGAAGUUCGGCGCCUCCAUCGUCGACAGCCUCAGGGAUUUCAAGCAGCCCGUCCUCGUGUACAUCCCGCCGCACGCGGAGCUGCGCGGGGGCUCCUGGGUGGUCCUCGACUCCACCAUUAACCCUCUCUACGUGGAGCUCUAUGCGGACAAGGAGAGCAGGGGUGGCAUUUUGGAACCUGGGGGGACGGUAGAGAUCAAGUUCAGGAAGAAAGAUUUGGUGAAGACCAUGAGGAGGAUCGAUGCAGUUUACGCCCGUCUUGUCGAGCAGCUGGGUAGGCCCGAGCUGGCGGACACGGAGCGCAAGGAGCUGGAGAGGCAGCUCAAGGCCCGCGAGGAGCUGCUGCUGCCCAUGUACUACCAGGUGGCCGUGCACUUCGCGGACCUGCACGACACGCCGGGCCGCAUGCAGGAGAAGGGCGUCAUCGCGGACAUCCUGGAGUGGAAGAGCGCCCGCUCCUUCCUCUACUGGCGCCUGCGCCGGCUGCUGCUGGCCGAGGUGGUGAAGGCCGAGAUCCUGAAGGCCAACAGGGAGCUGAGCCACAUCCACAUCCAGUCCAUGCUGCGGCGCUGGUUCAUGGAGACGGAGGGAGCCGCAAAGGGCUACCUGUGGGACAACAACCAGGUGGUGGUGGAGUGGCUGGAGAAGCACCUGCGGGAGGAGGACGGCGCCCAGUCGGUCAUUCGGGAGAACAUCAAGCACCUGAAGCGGGACUACGCGCUCAAGCAGAUCCGCAGCUUGCUCCAAGCCAACCCCGAGCUGGCCGGCGACUGCAUCGUGCACAUGGCUCAGCACGUGAGCCGCGCGCAGCGGGCGCAGGUCGCGCGCCUCCUGGCCACCGUGGAGAGCUCCGGCCCGGCCUGA